AGCAGCUGUGCAAAUUUUGACGUUUACUUGCAAAACUAUUAAUUGUAUUCAGUAAAUUUAUUGCUGUAAUUUAUCAAGUUUUAUGUGGAAUGCCAGAAAUGGGCGAAAAAAGUAGUGGAAACAAAGUGAAAAAGUCAAAAAAUGACUUGUUUCGCACAUCACUAGGAUAUUAUCUGAAACAGAAGAGUUUUGUGGGUAAUGAGAAAUUUCGUAAAUCUGACUUUCUACUAUUACAAAAUAAGCGACAAUUUAUGGUACAAAAGAUGUUGGAUCUUGAUUUACAGUCUGGGAAUUCAUUCGCUUUCUCCAAUGUGCUAUGCAUCACGAAUAAUCACCACAUUGUUGAUCAACAAUUUGGGCGUUUCUCACAAUUUGUGGAAUCUCAAAGUGAAUUCAUACGUUUAGAGUUACGACGCUUUUAUGCGCCCAUGCUAUGCCACCUAUAUGUGGAGCUGAUGAGAGCGCGCGAACAAAAAGCUGCAUUUGACUUACUUAAAAAAUACGCACAAUUAAUAGCACCUGUAGAAACUUACGAAGCACCCUUGCCUACAAAAAUCAAUGGCUGUUCCGUUGCAAAUGACACACAUGCCGAUCAAACCAACAAUACCACUCCACAUACCAGCAUACGUUUUGUGAAUGCAACAAAUGAUACACCUACAGAUCCGGAACUGAUGUAUUUCAUAAAACUCAUACAAACACUGUCUGCGUGUACAAAAUUGGAGGCGGCCGAAAGUGAUCAAGAAGUGGCACAUUUUCGUGCAUCCAAAUAUGAAAUACACACUACGGAGGCGGUAGUCGACACUCUGCGUGGCUACUUGGAGAAACGUGGUCAUGUACUCAUACUCAAUCUCCUAUAUACAUGGAUACACGUGCAUGUCAUCGAUAAUGAGGUACCGAAAUGGAGUGAAGAUAACAUACUUAUGGGCUUUGAGGCGACUGAAGAAGAUGAAGAAAGCAAAUACAAUUUGGCUGAGGUCAAACCGAAAAUCAGUGCGACGAAUGAACGCUCGGCUACGAAGCGGGAGGCAGAAGAACCACCCGAAGAACUUAUGGUAAAAACUGAAAAGUCCGAAGACGUUUUAGACGAAAUGAAAAAAAUUCGCGUCCAACAAGUGACAGAUAGCAUGCAAACUUUGCGAAUGUGUAGAGAGCAAAUGUUAAAAACUCAAGUGCAACAUCCCUACAUUAUUAAACUUGCCGAUCGGAAUAGAGGUCUUUCCGCCGCUCAUGUUGAUGCCAAUGAAUGUCACCUGGUUGCUGGCUUCAAUAAUUCUGUGGUACAACUCUGGCAACUAAAUCAACAAACAUGUAGUGGUAAAAAUCUAUACGCACGCUUUGGCGAUUCUGUGUGUCGCUGGGAGCUAAAUAAUAUUUGCGCCGAAGAAAGUGAGACUGAGGAUCAAAUUGAUUUGGAUGUUAGAGAACAUUCGCGCUUAAACGUGAACGAUAGGCGGAAAAGAAAAUACGAAGCUGGCAAAUACGAAAGCAAUUCAUUUAAUGAAUAUGGUGGCAUACAGUUGCGUGGUCAUGGCGCUGGCGUUACGGACGUACGCUUCUCCACACAUUACCCGCUCAUUUUUAGUACUUCGAAAGAUGCCACAAUACGUAGUUGGCGUGCCGAAAGUUUUGGGUGCGCAAACAUCUAUCGUGGUCAUCGUUACCCAGUUUGGUGCAUCGAUGAGAGUCCGGUGGGCAUGUACGUUGCGACCGGUUCGAAGGAUCUCACAGCACGUUUGUGGUCAUUAGAGCGUGAAUUUCCACUAAUUACUUAUGCUGGUCAUACACAAGAUGUUGAGUGCAUAGCCUUUCAUCCGAAUGGCAAUUACCUUGCCACUGGCUCAGCGGAUCUCUCGGUACGUUUGUGGUGUGUUACAAGUGGCAAACUCAUGCGCGUAUUCUCCGACUGCAAACAGCCUGUUACGAAUAUUGCAUUUAGUCCUGAUGGCAAAAUGUUAGCCGCUGGCGGUGAGGAGUCCAAAAUACGUAUUUUUGAUUUAGCCGCCGGCGCACAGCUGAACGAACUGAAAGACCACACUGCCACAGUAAACAGUAUUGCCUGGAGUAAGGGCGGUCGACAUUUAGCGUCGGCAUGUCGCGAUGGCACUUUGCGUGUGUGGGAUGUCAAAAAGCUUUCACCCAUGAAUGACAGCAAUAGCGGCAGUAGCAACACAAACACCUCAUCUUCCUCAUCAACUAAUUUGAACAAGGUUAUGGCGUUGAGCAGCAGCUGCCAGCGUUUAGUGAAAGUGUCAUUUAGCCGGCAAGAUGAAGUAAUUUGUGCUAUAGAUGAAAAAGCCAAAUUUCUCGAAACUCUUAAGUCUAAUACAGUGAAUACGUUAAGCAACGAUAGUUCAGAUGAGGAAGAUUUUCUGCCACCGUCUUUGCAACGCAAAGGAAAAGGACGUGAUAAAAAGACAAAGCCGCUUCCUGUGAAAAAAGUGGAGUUACCCACUUCAAUAACUGCUGCUAAAAAGACAAAAAAGUCUCAGUCGCAGCCUAUCGAGGAUGCACUUCAACAUGCGACUAAUAACCAAUCCACACAACCGGCUGAUCCUGUUCCUAUUGCCAGUAGUCGUAGAACGCGAAGUAAAACUGCAGCAGCCCCGCAAGCACCAAGUUCAACGGUCACAGCGUCCACAACAACUAGCGCCCCGACGAGUAGAGCAAGAAACGGUCGCCGCGGACGCAGCAGAGGUGGGGUAAAUGAACCCGAUAUUGUAGAAUCGAGUAAUACGAUGUCCUUGCCACAAUCACUUGAUGUAAUAAGAACAUUAAUGAGAGGACAGACUAGACGUAGUGUGAUGCGCGCACGUCGAAAUUACUUUGCAGAAAUCGCUGCACGCUCCACAAAUGUAGACUAUGUGGAUUUGGUGUCGAGCCCAUUGCCGCACAUUGAGGGCGUUAUUGCAGUUGAUUCAGAUUGUGAAGAUGAUGGCGUUGAAGUCACCAGCGUCGAAACGCCUAAUACAUCUGUACUCGAAGCGCUAGAAUGCUCAUUUGAUGAAGAUAAUCCGGAGGUAUCGGUAAAAAUAAAGUGGGAUGGUGGAGCACCAGAAAUUUUUAAGCUACGGAAAUAUCAAAAAUUUCAAGAUAUAUUUAGUAAAAUAGCAGAACGGGAAGAUACACCCAUCGACAACCUAGUUUUCAAUAUUGAUAAUCGCAUUUUAUCAGCCAGUGAUACACCUGCCAGUAUUAAUUAUAAAGUUUACGAAUUUAUCAGUGGUCGUGCAUUGACCCAUCACUUUGAUGCCGGUGAUUUGAGAAAGAAGCGUGAUGCCAAUAUGAUUACGCUGAAAAUUCAGUCGGACUUGUGGCCGAAGAAACCCUUACAAGUGGAACUUGGUAAAACCGAUAAACUGAAAAUCUUAUAUAUCAAAUGUGCCGAAGAAUUGAAAAAAUCGGCGGAGGAGCUUGUUCUAAGCUUCAACGGUGAUCACUUAGGCUUCAAUGAAACGCCUGAAGACUUCGAAUUCGAAGGCGGUGAGGCGAUUGAUUUGCGUGUAAAGAAAAAAUAAGACUAAUAGUUUUAUAUGCUACAAUUUAUAUUCAUUUUUUAUGUGUUUGGGAGGUUAUGUCGAAAUUGUUGUUUUUUUUUUAAGUUUGAGAAGUAAGUGGUAGAUUUUUAUUUUUUAUUUCGAAUAUAAAGAUGUUGUAUACUAUAAAUCUCCCGUAUGGAUAAAAUUAUGAUUUGUUGUACAAAUUUGAAGUUUUAACAUGUUAUCAGCCAAAACGUAUAUAUUUAAUUUUGUUUAAUUUAUGCAUAUAUAUAAUAAGCAAUUGAAUAUUAUUUUUAUGCAUUUAAAUAUAAUUACUUUUGAUAUUAAACGCCGUCUUUAAACUGCAAUUUUUCUAGCAUUUAGCUGCGUACAAUAUUUUGUUGUACAACAACUGUGCUCUCAGCUAAACGCUACUGGAAAAUGGAAUACACAACAAAAGCAUUUGAUGGGAGAAGGGAAAAGAUGAGUAAUUAAAUUCCUGAGCACAUUUAACAAAUAUCUGCAACUAACAUAAAAUCAUACAGCAACUGAGCGCAAAUCUCAAUGAGGGUGCAAAGCGGUUGCAUUGACAGGAGAGCAUUGUGCUGUGUACAACCACACCAAACUGCGCAAGUACCACCGCUUUCGCCACCCCCAAAAAAAGUUCAGCCUCCUCGUGGACUAACACCUCAAAGCAAAGCGCUUUCGCUCGCGCAUCUCACCUUUGUAGAACGGAAGCGAAGACGAAAGUUUUAAAACUUUGCAGAUUCGAAGUGACUCGAAUUCGUGCACAGGAGCUUCGCAUUCGGUCUGUUCAGAAAGAGCAAGUCCUUUGUGGCAAAUGGCUGUGUUCUCUGUUUUGUUCAAAUAUACAACAUAAAUCUACAGGCAGAUAUUUAGCAAUCGCACAAAAAUUCUAAUUUUUUUCACAAUUUAAAUUUACGCUUUCCACUGCAUUAAC